AUGAAAUGUGUUUCUUCAAACCAAGAAAUAUUUUAUUAUGAUUUUAACGCCCCAUCUAUAAAAAUCACCCAAAAGCCAGCAUUCCCUAUUAACAUCAACCAAUAUCACAAUCUUGAAUUCUAUCUUUUAGUAUCGGAUAAAGACGGCAACAGCCAGAUUCGAAUCUUCCAUGACCUUAACAGCACACAAGGAAAUCUUGUCAACAUUAGUCUCUAUGAUUCUCCUCAAGAAAUUCCAUAUUUCAUUCCUAUUUCAAAAGACAUCAAUGUUGGAAAUUGUCCUCUAAAAUUUUUUGCAAUUGAUGAUUAUAAUAUUUAUUCUAAAUUUGUUACUAUCAAUGUAUCAUUUGAAGAAUUUUCUCCAGAAUAUGCUAAUAAAAAACGGUGGAAAAAAAUUAAAAAACGCAGCCCUUUCCAACUCCUUUUUUAUGCUUUUUCUGUCGGUAAAUCAUAA